UCGCAGGAAGUGGAUGCGGAUUAUGAAGGUGAAGAUGGAGAGGCCUCAUUGACAUUGCCAUUAAGCAACAGGGUUGGACCUGAAUUGAGGGAGUUCUGGCCACUGAUGCUGACUGCGCAAAGACGUGCCGAAUACACGAGAUUCCGUCCGAUCAUGAGCGGAAGCGGUUAUCUGAGGGACACACAGAGGCUGAGAGAGAGAGAGAGACGGUUCCAGCCCCCGUUCGGCGAGGGGGGAGACGGCGAUAGACCGGCGUUCUUCACCGGAGAUGACACAGCUGGAGGCCGCGUCUUCCAGCAUGAUGCCGGUCUACCGUCUUGCAUGUAG